GCGUACUGAACUCCUCCACAUUGAUAACCGCUAGAUUCCCCAACAAAGAAGAAGGACCGGAAGUCUCCUGAAUAAACACUACUGUAGAGAAGAGGAAGAAUUGUUUGGAUUUGCCUCAAAAGAACAACUUUUGACCGCUGGGAAUAAUCCGUCACGAUUGUUUGAAGGUCAAGUCCUAAAGAGGUGCGAUGGACAUUAGCAUCGCCGUCUCGCUCAUCCGAGGUCAAAUGGGCGCGGUGGUGGAGCGGGCCGUCAACGUCGCCGUGGAGACGGUGCUGGCAGAGAUGCUGAAAGUGGUGGGCGUGAAGUUCGAGGAGCUGAAGGCGCAGCUGGCGCACACGAGGCAGGACGUGGCGGCGCUGCAGCGGGAGAAGGCCCUGAAGGAGAAGGAGAACGACAACAUCCGCGCCAAGCUGCGCUACACCGAGCUCAAGCUCAAGUACUACCGGCAGGGGGUGGAGGAGGAGCUGCAACACCGGGUCUCUGGCAGCUCACCUCUGGUCCGCAACCUUCCGUGCAAACUCUCUCCGGGGCAGGGAGGUGGCGCUGGUGUCUUUUCUACCGAAGCUUCAACAACAUGCUCUUCUCAGACCUUGACUGUUGAUCUCGCAGGGAGGAGCAUCCGAGAAUGCACUUCUCCUCAAAGCGUGAGCCAGCAUACCAUGACAGCGGCGGCCAUCUCUGACCCGAUAGGCGGCUUGUUGGCCGUUUCGCUCCCCUUGAGCGCGGAGUCCCCGGGGGGAUCAGGUGGGACGACUGCCACGCCCACUUCCAGCGCCAUCAACACAACUGGCGUGUGCACGGGUCCGUUCUGUGCCACAGACCAAGGCGUUCACAGAGAGAGCGACUGGGACGUGGUCCCGCCCUCGCAGGAAGCCGCCGUGCAGCAGUCGUCUACCAGUCCGACGCAGGCCGACAGCUCCACCACACAGACUCUGAUGACGGUGAAGAUGGAGGAAGAGGCGGGGCAAGUGAUUUGUAUCAAGGAGGAGCCGGAGGAAGAGCAGGAAGUCAUUUCUCGCCUCCUGCUGGACAAUCAGCUGAACUGCAGCCAGUCAGAGAUGUCAGCGACUCAGUGGGCAGGACUUGAAGCCGGCCACAGGAAGUGCUCCUCAGGCUUCAGCUCAGCCGGACCCAGCUCCUAUGCCGCAUCGCAGCUGCCCAUGGCCGCCUUGGCGCCCGGUGCCCCUCGCCAGGCGGCGCGCAGCCCGUGGACCGAAGGCCUGAGCCUGUACGAGGAGUACAAGCUGCGGCGGAACGAGCUGCGGCGGCGAAGCCUCAACCGGCGGCGAGAGCUGGAGAAGACGCUGCCUCAGCCUCUGCUGGCCGACCUGGUGCGCGAGCGCAGGGAGAAGACCCGGCUGAGGGUGGCCAGGUGGAGGGCCAAGAGGAAACUCCAGGCUUGUCUCAACCAGGUGCAGACUCAGGGUGGCGCUGUGGCUUUCCCCAUCAGCGGUCCUCACAGAUCUCCACACGCCGGCAACAACAACAACGUGGUCAUCUCGGCCGUCACCACCUUCCCCUUCGUCACGCCGCCGUCGUCCUCCCUGCUCAUGCGGGGCCCCAACAUGGCCGCCCAGUUCCAUCAGCACGCGGGGAUGUCGUCGUCAUCCUACCCGCAGGUUAGCUCAGCGCAGCAGAGCGUGUGUCAGACCAACGCCAACGUCUCGCCCUGAGGUAGAUCGCCUGUCUAAUCCUAAUAUUUUUAUCAAUUCAGUAUUUAUUAUUGUAGAAAAAUACUUGUGCAUUUUGGAUAGACGAUAUCUUUUAUUUAGGAUAUUUUGAUUUCAACAAUUUUGUACUGUUUUUCAUUGUGAGUUGAACAGCGCCCUCUGCUGUUUACUCAAUUUGGCCUCCGUUGCCAACUAAAUCCUACUUAUUGAUGAUGAAACAUCAAACUAUCACACGCAACACUACAUUUUACUGUGUACACUAAUCCUCAUUGUUUGGAAUUACCAUGGAUGUGGUGUUUACACGUCAUCACAUUAAAAUGUGACAAGUAACUUAA